AUGGCGAGCGGCGGCGGUUUGAUGACGAAGAAGGAGCUCGGCGAGACCCACGACGUCCUCCGCUUUGGCGUCAACAACAGCGUCCAUGGCGACCUCGCGCUAGCGCACCCCGUCCAGGCCACCAUCAAGGAGGCCAAGUUCUGGGAUAAGAAGAAGAAGUUUGGGACCGAGGCCAUCUACGGAUCGACCUUCAACAUCCGCAGGGAUCUCGACACCCAGAUCCUCUCCAGACUCACGCAAGCAGGUUAUGCGCUCAUGGAGGAGAACCUGCUGUUCCUGGGGGCCUGGAAAGCAGUUGACAACGCUACUACUUGUGACGAGCUGUGUACACAAGGGAAGAGACAUAUGACUCCAAAUGUGCAAAGUCUGCAAGUCAUCACGUGCCACUUCAUAUUUGAGAAAGUACAACUGAAUUUGAUAAUUUGA